GCAGCCCCACCGCCUUUCCCCCUCGCCACCUGGCCUGCUCCCGGGCCUGCCGGUUCCCUGCUCCCUCACGGCUCCCUGGGGACAUCUCGCUCUUCCUGUUCUCUUGACAGGAGAACAGAAAUCUGGAGUCUGUCUGCUCCGCUCCCCCCUCCUCCCACCACGUCUCACCCCCCAAGUUGCUGUUUUCCACAGAAAUAGACCCUGAUGGACACGAAGUGGGUGACCUCCGAGUUGGCAUGGACGACUCAUCCGGAGACAGGGUGGGAAGAAGUUAGCGGUUAUGAUGAGGCCAUGAACCCCAUCCGCACGUACCAGGUAUGCAACGUGCGGGAGGCCAACCAGAACAACUGGCUUCGUACCAAGUUCAUCCAGCGCCAGGACGUCCAGCGUGUUUAUGUGGAGCUGAAAUUCACUGUGCGGGACUGCAACAGCAUCCCCAACAUCCCAGGUUCCUGCAAAGAGACGUUCAACCUCUUCUAUUAUGAAUCGGAUACAGAUUCUGCCUCUGCAAAUAGCCCUUUCUGGAUGGAGAACCCCUAUAUCAAAGUGGAUACAAUUGCCCCUGAUGAGAGCUUCUCCAAGCUGGAGUCUGGCCGCAUGAACACCAAGGUGCGCAGUUUUGGCCCCCUCUCCAAGAAUGGUUUUUAUCUGGCCUUCCAGGACCUGGGAGCCUGCAUGUCCCUCAUCUCUGUCCGGGCUUUCUACAAGAAAUGCUCCAACACCAUUGCUGGCUUUGCUAUCUUCCCGGAGACUUUAACAGGGGCUGAGCCCACCUCUCUCGUCAUUGCACCGGGCACCUGCAUCCCUAACGCGGUGGAAGUGUCUGUACCCCUGAAGCUGUACUGUAAUGGCGACGGUGAGUGGAUGGUACCCGUGGGAGCUUGUACAUGUGCUGCUGGAUAUGAGCCGACCAUGAAGGAUACCCAGUGCCAAGCGUGUGGUCCAGGAACCUUCAAGUCUAAGCAAGGGGAAGGCCCCUGCUCUCCCUGCCCUCCCAACAGCCGGACGACCUCUGGAGCAGCAACGGUUUGCACAUGUCGAAACGGCUAUUAUCGGGCGGACACAGACCCUGCAGACAGUGCCUGCACCAGCGUCCCAUCUGCCCCCCGCAGCGUCAUCUCCAACGUGAAUGAGACGUCCCUGGUGCUAGAGUGGAGUGAGCCGCGGGACACAGGCGGGCGGGAUGACCUGCUCUACAACGUCAUCUGCAAGAAGUGCAGCGUGGAGAGGCGUGUGUGCACGCGCUGUGACGACAACGUGGAGUUCGUGCCACGCCAGCUCGGCCUCACUGAGCGUCGCAUCUACAUCAGCAACCUGAUGGCCCACACCCAGUACACCUUCGAGAUCCAGGCCGUGAACGGCAUCUCCAGCAAGAGCCCCUACUCUCCCCAUUUCGCCUCUGUCAACAUCACCACCAACCAGGCAGCCCCAUCCGCUGUGCCUACGAUGCACCUGCAGGGCAGCACUGGGAACAGCAUGACACUGUCGUGGACUCCCCCGGAGAGACCCAACGGCAUCAUUCUCGACUAUGAGAUCAAGUACUCUGAGAAGCAAGGCCAGGGUGAUGGCAUUGCCAACACUGUCACCAGUCAGAACAACAUGGUGCGGCUGGAUGGGCUGAAAGCCAACUCCCGGUAUGUGGUGCAGGUCCGGGCACGCACAGUGGCUGGAUAUGGCCUCUACAGCCUCCCCAUGGAGUUUCAGACAACUGCAGAGAAUGGUUCCACUAGCAAGAGUUUCCAGGAGCUGCCUCUGAUUGUGGGUUCGGCCACCGCGGUGCUGGUGUUUGUCAUCGCUGUGGUGGUCAUCGCUAUCGUCUGCUUCAGGAAAGGGAUGGUUUCUGAAAACCUCCUCUCGUCUCCUUUGGGCAGGAAGCAGCGCAACAGCACAGAUCCUGAGUACACAGAGAAGCUGCAGCAAUACGUCACUCCUGGGAUGAAGGUCUACAUCGACCCCUUCACCUAUGAGGACCCCAACGAAGCUGUCCGGGAGUUUGCCAAAGAGAUUGACAUCUCCUGCGUCAAAAUUGAGGAGGUCAUCGGAGCAGGGGAGUUUGGUGAGGUGUGCCGCGGGCGCCUGAAGCUGCCCGGCCGCCGCGAGAUCUUUGUGGCCAUCAAGACGCUGAAGGUGGGUUACACGGAGCGGCAGCGGCGGGACUUCUUGAGCGAAGCCAGCAUCAUGGGCCAGUUUGACCACCCCAACAUCAUCCACCUGGAGGGUGUGGUGACCAAGAGCCGCCCUGUCAUGAUCAUCACAGAGUUCAUGGAGAACUGCGCUCUUGACUCCUUCCUCCGGCUGAACGACGGGCAGUUCACAGUCAUCCAGCUGGUGGGGAUGCUGCGAGGCAUCGCUGCUGGCAUGAAGUACCUUUCAGAGAUGAACUAUGUGCACCGGGACUUGGCUGCCCGCAACAUCCUGGUCAACAGCAACUUGGUCUGCAAAGUGUCUGACUUUGGGCUCUCUCGCUUCCUGGAGGAUGACCCAGCUGACCCGACCUACACCAGCUCCCUGGGUGGCAAGAUCCCUAUCAGAUGGACAGCUCCAGAGGCCAUCGCCUACCGCAAAUUCACCUCGGCCAGCGACGUGUGGAGCUAUGGCAUCGUCAUGUGGGAAGUGAUGUCCUACGGGGAGCGGCCCUACUGGGACAUGUCCAACCAGGAUGUGAUCAACGCGGUGGAGCAAGAUUACCGCCUGCCACCCCCCAUGGACUGCCCCACGGCGCUGCAUCAGCUGAUGUUGGACUGCUGGGUGCGUGACCGCAACCUGCGGCCCAAGUUUGCACAGAUCGUCAACACGCUGGACAAGCUCAUCCGCAACGCUGCCAGCCUGAAAGUCAUCGCCAGCGUCCAGUCUGGUGUCUCACAGCCACUCCUGGACCGCACCGUCCCGGACUACACCACCUUCACCACUGUGGGAGACUGGCUGGACGCCAUCAAAAUGGGACGGUACAAGGAGAACUUCGUCAAUGCUGGCUUUGCCUCCUUCGACCUGGUGGCACAGAUGACUGCAGAAGAUCUGCUGAGGAUAGGGGUGACGCUAGCAGGGCACCAGAAGAAGAUCCUGAGCAGCAUUCAGGACAUGAGGCUGCAGAUGAACCAGACGCUGCCGGUUCAGGUUUGACCGCAGGGAACUCUGCAUUCGAACGGACCGAGGGAAUCUGCCAACCGGGUUCCAGUUUGCGGUGCAGCCCGGCUUCCCGUUUUCCCCUUCACGUGGCGCUCCUGCCUCGGACGGUCGCCUGGGACAGGCUGGGCCGGGCCGCCCUUCCCUGAAUCGGAGGCACUCGUGCCGAGAGGGAGCCCAGCUUUUCGUCCUGUGUCCUGGAGCGACGAGGCAGCGACACGGUCUUCAUAUUGAAGAUGGAUUAUGGGACAGAGAGGGCACGCCUCGCUUCCCGCCCUGUCUCGGUGCCCAUCGGUUUGAAGAGUUGUUCUGCUUCUUGGAUUUCUUUUUACCCCGUUUUCCCUGCACCAAGUCCUCACUUCCCACCUCUCUCCAAGGCCACAGACUGUUUACCCGUCCGCUAAGUCCGUCAGACACGUCCGAAGCCUUCCCCGACUCUGGCCCCCACGUGGAAGCAGCGAGGGGAGGCCGAGCCGACUCGGGGGCUGCCCGUGGUGGAGACGGCGACAGGGAAGGGGCCGCCUGGCCCCAGACAAUCACUUCUCUCUCCUCCGCCCCUCGCGGCCCCGCCACGCAAGGGUCUGCACUGGAACGUGUCCGAAGGGAAGGCUUUGCUCCGUUUCUUGGCUUUGCACGCCAGAAUCCGAACCCAGUGAGAUUUUACUAUGCAGGGAGUUAGGCAAAAAAUAUAUAUAUAUAGAUAUAUAUAUUAAAAAAAAUAAGAGGGAGCAGAAAGGGGAGGGAGGGGGACCAGGUGCCCAGCUCCGCAUCUCUUACCCCUCUUGGUUCUCGUGGCCAGCUCUGGACUGCAGAGCAAGGCCGUCAGCACGUUUGCACAGGGACCCCUCCGCCCCCAGGACCGAAGGCAGCCACGCUCCCGCCAGCGGGGACGGAGAGCGGGGCUGGGGGCGGGAGGCCGCGCCGCGGGGAGAGGCCCGGCCCUCCCCGGCCUCACGUUUUUAUGCAGAAGGAGCAGGGCCCGCCGGCGCCGGAGCCGGCGCGGCCGAGCCGCUCCUGACACACGCUGUGAUUGCUGCCAAAAGACUCACUCACCUUUCUCUGACUAUUUACUGCAGCCCGGUUCCUCCAAGCUGAGGGCGAGACUCCCAGCGUGCGUGAGUGUGCGUGAGUGUGUGCGUGCGUGGCGUGCGUGUGUGCUGGCCGUCAGGACUGUGUGAGGCAACGGGCAGAAUAAAGGCAAUAAGAAUUUUA